AUGGCCCGGCGGAGGCGCCGCGCUUGCAUCGCGCUUUUUCUGGUGCUGCUUUUCGCCUUCGGCACCCUCAUGGGCUUGCGCACGCUCAAGGCUCCAGACGGGCUCCCAGCUCUGGGCCCCGGCCAGGAGCUGGCUCCCUUUGACCCCCCUGAACCGGCCCCAGCGGAGGCCGAGCCCGCCCCUGGGCCGAGUCUGCGCGUCUACUCGGACCUGCAUGCCUUUUACUACUCAUGGUACGGGAGCCCGCGGCGCGAGGGCCGCUACAUUCACUGGGACCACGUCAUGGUGCCGCACUGGGACCCCAAGAUCUCUGCCAGCUACCCUCGUGGCCGCCACAUCCCCCCCGACGACUUGGGCUCCAGCUUCUACCCGGAGCUGGGGCCUUACAGCUCCCGGGACCCCGACGUGCUGCGGGAGCACAUGACCCAGCUAAAGGAAGCCGCCAUUGGUGUCCUGGUCCUGUCUUGGUACCCACCUGGCAUGGCAGAUGAUAAUGGGGAACCCUCAGAUGACCUGGUGCCUGCCAUUCUCGACACCGCCCAUCAGUACAACAUCCAGGUUGCCUUCCAUAUCCAGCCCUACAAGGGCCGGGAUGACAUCACUCUACAUGAAAACAUCAAGUACAUCAUUGACACGUAUGGAUCCCAUGGUGCAUUUUACCGCUAUAAGAACAGCAUGGGUAAGAGCCUCCCCCUCUUUUAUAUCUACGACUCGUACCUGACAUCCCCUGAGGCCUGGGCCCAUCUCCUGACACCUGGUGGGCCCCACUCAAUUCGCAACACCCCCUAUGAUGGGGUCUUCAUAGCGCUGCUGGUAGAGGAGGGGCACACCCACGACAUCCUGGCCGCUGGCUUUGAUGGCAUGUAUACCUACUUUGCCUCCAACGGCUUCUCAUUCGGCUCCUCCCAUCAGAACUGGAAAGCUGUGAAGAACUUCUGUGACGCCAACAACCUCAUGUUCAUUCCCAGCGUGGGGCCCGGCUACAUUGAUACCAGCAUCCGGCCCUGGAACAACCACAAUACACGGAACAGGGUCAAUGGCAAGUACUAUGAGACAGCCCUGCAAGCGGCCUUGACAGUGAGGCCUGAGAUCGUCUCCAUUACCUCUUUCAAUGAGUGGCACGAGGGCACCCAGAUUGAGAAGGCUAUUCCCAAGAAGACACCUACUCGCCUGUACUUAGACUACCUGCCUCACCAGUCCAGCCUGUACCUGGAGCUGACCCGCCGCUGGGCAGAGCACUUCAUCAAAGAGAAGGAGCAGUGGCUGAUGUGA